AGGCAUCAGCUGUUUGGACUGGGGUAAAGAAGCGAGAUCUAGAAAGCAGCCAUCCAGGCUGAGGAAGCACCGAGAAGAGGCGUGCUGGCAGCAUCUCCUGGCUUGAUCUUCCCAGAAUCGGUGAGGACCACCCACAGUCUUUAAGGAGGGCGGGAGAGGAGAAGCACGUCCAGGCUGGGCCGUUCUCCGUCCCACCAUGAUCCAGGCUGUGCCGCUCCUCUGCUGUGUCCUGCUGUCCCCAGUGGUGGCCUUUCCAAGAAAUGCCCAGAAUGGAGCCCUGACCUCCCCGCCGUCUGUCACAGAGAAUGGGCCUCAGCCAAGCACGCUCCCCAGGCAGAAUCCUCUCCCAGAUCCCAGGGCCUGCCAGGAUCUCCUGCACACGGUCCCCUCCUUAGCCCCUCUGCCUGAGCACCUGUCCCAGAUAGCGCUGACGGUGGCCCUGGAGGAGGCUGGCUGCCUGGCGGAAGCCCGCAACCUGCAGCUUCAGCUCACCAGGAUGGGCGCAAAGGACAUCACCGAGACUCUCAUCCGGCAGAGUCAGGAGCGCAGGGAGGGGGGCGGGAUCAGCAGCACACAGGUCAUUCUGAGGGAUCUGGGGGGCUCCCCAGGGGAGCCAAGGCGGGCCCAGCGCUCAGCUCCUCUCCCUGAGGCGUGUUCCUCCCGAUACGGGUGGAUGCUCCACGACACCUCGGAACUGAUUGCGGAAUUUGCUGAGAAGCUUCCUGCCACCGAGCUGGCAGCAAAGCUGAAAACUGCGGCUCUCAACGUCACCCAGAAGUGCACGCAAGAGUCUUGGGAGCAUUUGGAAGAAGUGGCCAAAGAGCUGAUAAAAAGUCCUGAAGUUAGGAACUACACAAUGCCUAUAGAAGAGCAGACAAGCUUUGCCAUUCGAAUCAUGUACAUGUGGAAGCGUGUUAUAGUGGACAUGAUAAAGGAAUUUUUCCAGACUUAUUUUGGAUAAGGAGGGCCUCCUAGCAUCACCUUUACUUUCUCAGAUGUUUCUGACAGGCCCGUGCACAGGGAGAGUUUAGGACAGAUGUUUGUUCUUCAUUUGAUCCCAUUGUGACCGUAACAAGCCUUGCUCCUCUCUUAGUAGGUCCUAGCCCCUAUUUCUUCUCCCAGUUUCUCUUCCUUCCAGUUGUUAAAUACUGCGGAUUGAUUAUGUACUAUGCAUGAAGCCUGUUGUGAUCUCCCCGUUCAUCUGCCUGGUGCUUUGUAGCCCCCCAGCUGGCCGCUGGAGCUUGCUUACGUGAAUGUUUGUAACUGGGAAGAAGAAAUAAAUAGCUGUUUGCACGUCAGAA